AUUACUUCCCCCGUCGAUACGAUAAACCCAUGGUUCUAGCCGUCGAUUAUUUAGAGAAACUACCCGUGGACACGGCAAUUUACAAGUUAAUGAUUCCUCUAUUAAAGCUCAAAUUAUGUAUAGAUUCUCCGUGUUCUUCUGUUUCCUGAGUUUGUUCCAGGAACUGUAGAAUGAAGAUAAUGCAUUAAUUGGGAAAUUUGGUGCAGGUUUUGCUCUAUUCAUAUAGUGAGAGAGGUCCUCACAGUCGCUUAAAAUUCUCACCGGGAACUUGGCAUGGGAGUUGUAACUGCUUCCAGCUCAGUUGCUCGCACACCACUAGGAUUGAGCACAAAAUUUUCAAAUUACAAAUCCACAGUGAAAAUACCAUUGAUUGUGGCAUUUAAAGAAGAUAAAUCCAAUAACGCAGCCUUGAUUGCACAAGGUGAGCAAAUCCCAUUGCCUAUAGAGACACCCAAAGGGAAGAAGAGAAGAGGAAAAACUACCAAUCAAGUGCCUUCAACCACAUUGGAAGUGGAUUACAAUGAAGCUGCCGCCAAGCUUGAAAACUUAUACAAGCUUAGCCCUGUAACUGAUACUUCUGAUGUAGAUGUAAAUGGCUUGAUUGGGAAAGGUCCACGAAGGAAAAGGAAAAUUGGUGAAGGUAAAAGGAAAGCAGCAAAUGGAACUGGUAAAAUCGUUAUUAGGAACCCUGCAAAGAAAGCUAAACGACUGAAUCUUGAUACAAGAAUUGCAAUGAGGAAGAACAAGGAAGAGGAAAUGGUAACUCCAAUUAGGAAGAAAACGGAUGCUAGGGACGGAAUUAAAAAGGUUGAGGAACUUGUGAGGGAGUAUUCUGUUUCAACUGAUUUCAUCAGCAUGGACUGGAAAAAAAUGAAGAUACCUCCAGUUCUCUCUUCAACAGAGCAUGCCUGGUUGUUCAAGUUAAUGCAACCCAUGAAAGCACUCCUUCAAGUGAAAGACUAUUUGCAAGAAAAUAUGGGAAGAGAACCAACAGAAUGUGAAUUAGCUAAGGCAACAAAUAUGAAUGUGGAGCAAGUACGGAAACAGAUGGAAGUUGGUCAAGCUGCGAGAAACAAGAUAAUCAAGCACAAUCUCCGGCUCAUACUCUUUGUAAUCAAGAAACAUUUUCAUGACUUUGCAAAUGGCCCAAGAUUUCAAGAUCUUUGUCAAGCAGGGGUAAAGGGACUUAUUACAGCAAUUGAUCGCUUUGAACCCGAGAGGAGAUUUCGGCUUUCCACAUAUAGUUUUUUUUGGAUUAGACAUGCCAUAAUACGAUCAAUGACGCUCGCAAGCUUUACACGUGUUUCGUUUGGCCUUGAAACGGUAAGAGUGGAGAUCCAGAAAGCCAAACUUGAGCUGUUGGUUAAGCUUCAAAGGCAACCAACAGUGGAAGAGAUUAUUGAGAGGGCGGGGAUAUCCCCUGAGAGGCAUCAUGAAGUAAUGAGGGCUUCAAAACCUGUUUUCUCUCUACAUUCAAGACAUGCAAUUACCCAAGAAGAGUUCAUUAGUGGGAUUACUGACGUUGAUGGAGGUGAUAAACGGAGGCAACUAGCUCUUCUGAGGCUUGCUCUGGAUGAUGUGCUUGAUUCUCUGAAACCAAAGGAGAGCCUAGUGAUCAGGCAGAGAUAUGGGCUAGAUGGUAAAGGUGACAGAACAUUAGGAGAGAUUGCUGGUAACUUGAACAUAUCAAGAGAAAUGGUUAGAAAAUAUGAAGUUAAGGCGCUCAUGAAACUCAAGCACCCAGCUAGAUUGGAUUAUCUUCGCCGAUAUGUUGUCUGAAUUGAUCAACUUCAUAAGGUUUGCGUCCAUUACUUUCUUCCCCUUGUAUGAUUACUCAUCACCAGUUGCUGUAUACUGAUGACAUGGAUCAUAGUCAUUUUUAACUAUACGAAAUUAGAGAAAUCUAAUACAAUGUAAUAUACUUACACAGAACUUGGAGAUUUCAAAUCACCACACAUGCUUGUAAUAAUGUCUCUCCUUUAUAAUCUGAUGAUCUCUUUCACUCA